GGGCCGCUGGCGCGAAGGAAGAUGGCGGCGCCCGUGUCAGUGUGUCACGCCGCCUGCUGCGCCAACCGGGCGGGCGGCGGGGCCGUGUCCUGGGGGCGGGAGGGGCUCCUCGCCUUCGGCAGCUGCCGAGACGUCAUCCUCUACGAGCCGGCGGCGAGGCGAGUGGCCACUGCUCUUCGCGGCCACACCGGCCGGGUGAACUGCGUGUGCUGGGUCCGGCGGCGUGAUGGUGCUUCUGAAACAGAGUUAAUUUCUGGUGGAUCAGAUAAACAGAUUAUUCUUUGGGAAUGGAAUGGAAAAGGAAUGUGGAAUAAUCAGGUUGUGAAAAGCAUUCCUCUCAAAGGCCAUGCUGAAGCUGUUUGUGCUGUGGAUGCUGUGUACCAAUCACAUGAACCUGAUUCAAAUCUGCUCAUAGCUUCUGCAGCUUCUGACUGUACUGUGAGAAUCUGGUCUCGACGUGGUUCAGAAGCUAAAUGCACUGAAAUUCUGCAGUUUGGAAAUGGAUUUGUUAUGGAUGUCUCCUUAUCCUUCUUGCCUCGCAGCAGUGUACCAAUACUGGCUUGUGGUGGUGAUGACUGCAAAAUACAUUUGUUUAUACAGCAGAAUGGCCAGUUUCAGAAAACAUUGAUACUCUCCGGCCAUGAAGAUUGGAUAAGAGGCAUUGAAUGGGCAGUCUGUGAUGAAGACCUUUUCUUAGCAAGCUGUGCUCAGGAUUGUUUGAUAAGAAUUUGGAAGGUGUGCACAAAAUCAAAGCAACUUUCAGAAACCGAGGACGAUUCCAUAAAAUUGAAAGAGAAUGUUUUUACUGUCAAAGAUACUGACACAACAUAUGCAAUUACAUUGGAGUCUGUGUUGGCUGGUCAUGAAAACUGGGUGUAUGCAGUUCACUGGCAAACUUCAUUUUCCAAAGAUGGCAGCAUGCAGCAACCAAUGAGGAUAUUGUCUGCGUCAAUGGACAAAACUGUGAUCAUUUGGGAGCCUGAUAAGGAAUCUGGAGUCUGGCUAGAACAGGUGCGGGUAGGUGAAGUGGGUGGUAAUACCCUUGGAUUUUUUGACUGCCAGUUUAGUCCAGAUGGUUCAAUGGUCAUUGCUCAUGCUUUUCAUGGAGCACUACACCUUUGGAAACAGACUGCAGUUAAUAAGAAAGAAUGGACUCCAGAAGUUGUGAUUUCAGGACAUUUUAACAGUGUGGAGGAUGUAAAGUGGGAUCCGGAAGGAGAAUUUAUCAUCAGUGUUAGUUCUGAUCAAACUACUAGACUCUUCGCUCCAUGGAAAAGAAAACAAGAGACAGAGGUAACUUGGCAUGAAAUUGCAAGGCCUCAAGUACAUGGAUAUGACAUGCGUUGUCUGGCAAUGAUUGGACGGUUUCAGUUCGUGUCAGGAGCAGAUGAAAAAGUACUUCGAGUUUUUAGUGCUCCCAAGAAUUUUAUAGAAAAUUUCAGUAACAUCACUGGUAUUCCAGUGGAGAAGCUGUGCUCCCACCAAUCAUCUGAUCUUCCAGAGGGUGCAAGUGUGCCAGCUUUGGGAUUAUCCAAUAAAGCUGUUUUUGAAGGAGAUAUGGCUGUGCAACCAGCUGAGGAUGAAGAAACAUUUAAUACUAUUUCGAAUCAGUAUCCUGAGGUUUAUUUUCAACCCUUGAUCCUUACAGAACCUCCUCCAGAGGAUCACUUGCUGCAGAAUACCUUGUGGCCUGAAAUUCAGAAGUUAUAUGGACAUGGAUAUGAAAUUUUUUGUGUUGCUUGCAAUAAUGCAAACACUGUAAUUGCCUCAGCAUGUAAGGCUUCCAAAAAGGAACAUGCAGCAAUUAUUUUAUGGAGCACUACUUCUUGGAAGAAAUUGCAGAGUUUGUCAUUUCACAAUCUGACUGUUACUCAGCUGGCAUUUUCUCCUAAUGACAAAUUUUUAUUAGCAGUUUCUAGAGAUAGGAAUUGGUCACUGUGGAGGAAGCAAGACUCGGAGUCUGGACCACUCUUCAGUUGCUGUGCAUACACAGACAAAAAUACAGCUGUUCACAGUAGAAUCAUUUGGUCUUGUGAUUGGACACCAGAUAGCAAGUAUUUUAUUACCGGCAGUCGAGACAAAAAGGUCAUUAUCUGGGGCCAGUGCGAUUUAUCAGUGGCUGCUGAAGGGAAUGCGUUGUUUUCAAUCAAGCCUUGUUCAACUGUACUGGAUGCCGGGGAUUCUGUUACUGCUGUUAAUAUCAGCCGUGUGCCUACUCCUGAUGGAAGAUAUAUUAUUGCAGUAGGCUUAGAGAAUGGGAAGAUUGUCCUGUACACGUGGAAGCAGAGUGGGCAAGAACCAACACUAGCUGACUGGACCUUGUGUGUUGGGAUUGAUGACAGCCGAAGUCAUGCUCUUGCUGUGAAACGUUUAUGUUGGAGACAUCAUGCGGGCAGAGCUGGACAUAAUGAUCAGAACAGCAGCGAGUGGUUGCAGCUUGCAAGUUGUGGAGCUGAUCACUGUGUUAAGAUAUUCAAUGUCAACAGAUUUGCUCUGUAGCAAAGACAGCAGGUCUGUCUGUGCAAAACAGAUUUACAACAUUUUAUUUCAGCUUUUAGUCAUUUUGAUUGUGGAAUUUUCUGUUUUCUGCUGAGGCAAGUGGAACAUCUGACAUGUAACUUAUUAAAGCAACUUUUGUGCUAGUUUGAAAUGUCAAAUAUUUUUCUAAUUCUCCAGUUCCAGGAAUAUGAAGUAUUUUAUACAUUUUAGUUGGAGUUGAAUAUACUGGAACUGAGGGAUGGAAGUUGGGGUAGGGCAUAGGAGAAGGAUAAUGAGACAACUUUCUUCACUCUGACACUGGGGGUGGGUGGGAAGAUACCAGUACCUGAGUUCUUCUGUGCUUGGGAUUGCAGGUGGAGUACUGGAUUGUUUUGGGCUCCUUAUUCUUGUUAAACUCAACUGUCAGGUGAGCUGCCAGUGCUGACUCUGCACAUUUAAGCAUGCGCAGUUAACCAGAGUUAUAGUUAAAUAUACAGCUUUUUUUCUCUAAUUGCCUUCUGAAUGUAUAUUGCAACCCUGGUCCAAGUCUUAGACUGCCUGUUAGGAGUAGGUUGUAUCUGCAUGCUUGGACAGGGCUGCUUGAUUGUUUUUCCUGUUUGCACUCCCCUUUCUUCUGCUCUGCAGAGUGCAGGUCUCACACCAGUUAUGUAGAGCUUAAAGCCUAAAUUAGAGACCACUUAAAUCUUCUGGUGUCUCCUCUUUGUACCUGUUAGCUCUGUCUACUGUAGAAGAGUCACCUUGUACUCUGCCUGAGGCCUGUCCUCUGCAGUGUGUGCUGGAAAAGCUUACAAAUAUCAGUAGGCAGGUGGCCAUUCCUUAUACUGCCUUUGGACCCUUCCUGACUUCUGAGUGUUCCUUAUCUGUUCUGGUGAGAAGUCGAACCAGUUAACUUAUUACUCCAAUUGUCUUAUGGUAAUAGAUCUCAGCAGGUCUGUCUUCAAUUCCAAAGUCUAGUUAGAAAUCAGUUAAACUUUGGGAAUGAAAUCAUUUUUGUUCCAGAACCACUUGCUAUCUGAACUGGUAGUGCAGACAUAAUUGGAACUGUUCUUAACUUUUUACUGUGUUGCAGUUUUAUCUAAAGAACAGCUCUUUCACAGUAGGCCAAUCUCUUCAGAAUAAUUCUAGUUUAUGUUUUAAAGGUUUUUAUAUUUUAACUUUUUAUUUUCAGUUCUGUUUCUCGCUUUUAAAACGUCAUUCUUUAAAGUGACGCUGGGAAUAAAAGAGGCAGCCCCUCUUGUGAAACACCA